GAGGGCGGGCGCCAGCGCCGAGCCGAGGAGCGCUGCCUGGGACGGAGCGCUGGCAUUUGUCGCGGGAGCCUCAGCAGGGGACGCAGCGCAGCGCCCCGAGAACAGCAGCGGCGGCGGAGGAGCCGAGCUCGGCCCGGGCGCGCCCCGCUCCCCCUGAAUGACGGGCGGCAGGUUCGACUUCGACGAUGGCGGCACCUACUGCGGCGGCUGGGAGGAGGGCAAGGCCCACGGGCACGGCAUCUGCACCGGGCCCAAGGGGCAGGGCGAGUACGCGGGCUCGUGGGCGCACGGCUUCGAGGUGGUGGGCACCUACACCUGGCCCAGCGGCAACACCUACCACGGCUACUGGGCGCAGGGCAAGCGCCACGGCUUGGGCGUGGAGACGAAGGGCAAGUGGAUGUACCGCGGCGAGUGGUCGCACGGCUUCAAGGGCCGCUACGGCGUGCGCCAGAGCCUCACCACCCCGGCCCGCUACGAGGGCACCUGGAGCAACGGGCUGCAGGACGGCUACGGCGUCGAGACCUACGGCGACGGAGGUACAUACCAGGGACAGUGGACAGGAGGGAUGAGGCAUGGCUAUGGCAUGCGGCAAAGUGUCCCCUAUGGCAUGGCAACUGUGAUCCGUUCUCCCCUCCGGACAUCUCUAGCGUCACUGCGUAGUGAGCAGAGCAAUGGCACUAUUCUACAUGAUAUUACUUUGGACAGCCCUGCUGGAACAAGAGGAGGGUUUGUGUUGAAUUUUCACAGUGAUCUCGAAGGAAUUGGUGGUAAGAAGAAAGGAGGCUUGUUCAGAAGAGGAUCCCUUCUCGGUAGUAUAAAACUUAGAAAAUCCGAAUCAAAAUCGUCGAUUUCUAGCAAACGCAGCUCUGUCAGGAGCGAUGCUGCUAUAAGUAGGAUUAGCUCUAGUGAUGCCAAUUCUACCAUUAGUUUUGGAGAUGGGGAUUGUGAUUAUUGCCCAGCGGAAGACCACGUUGAUGCCACCACAACAGAAACGUACAUGGGCGAAUGGAAGAAUGACAAGCGUAGCGGAUUCGGUAUUAGUGAGCGCUCAAAUGGUAUGAAAUACGAAGGGGAGUGGCUAAAUAAUAAGAGGCAUGGAUAUGGAUGUACCAUGUUUCCAGAUGGCACCAAGGAAGAGGGAAAGUAUAAAAACAAUGUUUUGGUCCGUGGAAUAAGGAAGCAGCUUAUACCCAUAAGAAACACAAAAACUAAAGAAAAGGUGGAGCGUGCCCUCGAGGGUGCCCAGCGGGCAUCUGCCAUGGCAAGAACUAAAGUGGAAAUUGCAACCUCAAGAACUGCGCACGCAAGGGCUAAAGCUGAUGCUGCAGAUCAAGCCAGCCAAUCUGCUCGUCAGGAGUGUGACAUCGCCAGAGCAGUUGCCAGAGAACUUUCCCCGGGUUUCUACCAGCCAGGUCCUGAUUAUAUCAAGCAGCGAUUUCAAGAAGGUGCAGAUGUUAAGGAAAACCCUGAAGAAAAAGCUCAGGAAAAAGCACCUACACCAAAAGAAUCUCCUCACUUUUAUCGAAAAGGCACUACACCUCCUGGGACCCCGGAAGAGAGCCCAAGGCAAAGCCCCCUCCCCUCUGCUGAGCCUUCCCCUGCAAAACAAGGCAAAAAGCAAAACUCCUCCUCUGAGGUCAGACUAAUCCAAGAAAAAAAGAAUUUACCUAGUGAAAAUGUGACACCUGUGGUCAACAAACCUCUUUAUUCGAAAGCACCUGUGAAGGAGGAUAUGAUGGUAAAGCCCCAGCCAAAGUUGUCACCCCGCAACAAUCCUACCCACACAGAGAAUGGGGAGUUGCAUGAUCAUUACCAUGGCUAUUACGUGAAACCGAAUCCAGCAAGGUACCCAUUUGAGCUCGGGGAAGACGAGGACCAUGCCAACCCAUCAUCUUCAGCACUUGCACUAGUAGCAUCAGCUCAGAAGCCAAGCCCCAACAAAUCUGGGAUUCAGUUAGAUGCCAAAGAAUCAUUAAAGAAGCCUGAAUCUGUUGCACCAAAGAAUCCCGCAAAUAAUGACUUCUAUUCUUCAGUGGAGAGAGAAGUCAGUAUGCCUUUUCAGAAACAGAGAACCUCCAGUGAAUCAUUCCGCAGAAAUGAGAACCGCAAAGCUAUUGGAGAUACUAUCUGAUGAGGUUUGACAGCUUAAUCAGAAGUGCUAGAAAAUGUUUUGAAUAAGUCUUGGAGUACUGAAAUGAUUUUUUGUGUAUAUGACAAUAUAUUGGUAAACUACUACAUAAGUUUAUAAGGGAUACACAGAUUCUAAAACAAAAAAAUUAGAACUAUGUGAAUAAAUCACAUCACUAGGUUACAGGGCUACCUUCUAUCAAGCCAAGCAGCUGGUCUAUGCAGCCCAAUACUGUCUGCUUUCAUAGGUAGAGGCUUUUCAAGUUUGGAGCCGGAUAUCUUUCUCGUCCUGGUACAUGAUGUUCUUUUAGCCAAAGAAAACGGAGACUGGCCAUGGGAUCAAUGAGCAACAGCCCUCCCCUUCCCCGUGCUCCAUAAAUAGGGGAAACCUGCAUGAAAAAUAAGAACUGCUAUUAGUUAUAAUAGUAGACUAAUCAGAAACUAACAUUAGCUUUUUAUAGUUGAUCGUCUUUUUCUUUUAAUAUGCUGCCUCCUAACAGUGAGCCAAAAUGUCACUGUAUUAUAUCGCGAUGUGCUUUGUUUUUUUGUUUUUGCUUUUAAUUACUUCUUCAUUUUACAUGCUUCCCUUUUUUAUGCCUUAAGCUUGCUGUUAUAUAAGAGUUGUACGGACAAUUCCGGGCAUGCAUAACGCUUUUCUGUUACAGCUUCUUUCUAACACCUGUUCAAAUCAGUCAUGGAAAGCAGAGACUAAUUUUGCCUUUUUCUAUUUUAAGCCCUUGUAGAAAGCUGUGAGGCCUUAUUUAUGGCGCUUCACCCUAAAGCAUUUUGAAGUCUCACUAUUAAUGUUUUAAAAGCCAGAAAUAAGAGUCACAUUUUUAAUUCCAUGGGUGGAGCAAAGUUCUCUGCAGUUUCUUUGAUCAAUCCAAAAUGCCUAAGCAAUUUAGAGCGGGGUUUUUGGCAUUGCUCAAAGUUCCCCGUCCCAUUCUCUCAUUCUCAUUCUCACUCCUUGAAACUCUCCAUUUAUCUUUCUUCAUAAUCCAGUAAAGCAUAACCUUUUUAUUUGAGCUUAAUCCAUAAAUUUAGUUCCAUGGUAACAUUUAAAGCUGCAUUCACAUGGUAGUUAAUUUCAUUUUCCUAACUGUUGAUUUCCAUAUUACAUUUGAGCUUUCACAUGAUACUUCUGGAAUUCUAGUGGAAUAUAGUGCAAGUUUAGGAUCAUUUGGCUGUUAAUUGGCUCCAGAUAUAAUGCAUUUGUAGCCCCAUUAACCCAGAAAAUCACAGGCAUAAAGUGACAAAAUUUUGGGUAGCAUACUGUCAUAUAUCACUUCCCUGCUGUUUUUAUGGAUAAGUCGUGAGGGAACAGAAGCAUACAUGAUAUUUAUACAUACAUACAUACAUACAUACAUACAUACAUACCCCGCCCAUCUGGCUGGGUUUCCGCAGCCACUCUGGGCGGCUUCCAACAAAAUAUUAAAAAUACAAUUAAAACAUCAAACAUUAAAAACUUCCCUAAACAGGUGCAGAAAGAGUGGAAGAGUUGUGAAGUUGUCUCCAAUGGUGUUUGUUGUUGUGCCACACCACACCCACUGCUGUGAAUGGAAUUUAGCUUGCCGUGCCAGUAUAUUGGUCAAAAAGCCGCAGUUCCAUAAUGCAACAGAUACUGCAGCGUGAAAGGAAUGUUAGAAAAAGAGAAAGUGCUAGUCAGGAAAACUAAUUCAAUAUCCCCCAAAUCUGAAUGCACCCUAAUAAUGCUGGGAUCAUAUUGGGAUUGAAAUGUGCCUUUGAAGGUUGCUCUGAGAUUAUGCAUAUGGCGCAGCAGAGGCUGCUCUCCUCAGUUUAGAGCUGAGGUAUUAACUGCCACAGCUGUAAUGUGUGGCAUCAUCCCAAACGCAGCCUGUUGUGGUGAUAUUCUGGGCCACCAUCAGCCACCUUCCAGAACGGGUAGUUGGUGGUAUGGGAGUUUUUCAUGUUAGGCCCCAGAUCAAUGUGCUACGCAUUGCAGGCACAAAAGACUAACUCAUCCUAAGGAUGCCAUUUCCAGUACCUUCUACAUAAUGCGCUGCUCCAGCUGUUUGAAAGGUGGAGGAACAGCACUUCUUCAUGAUCCACUUGAGGAGAUUAGGAUAAUAGAUGACUAUAUGCUCCUUUUUUGUGUUAAAGGAAAACCCACAUAUUUUAAAUUGUGAGAAGUCAAGAAGAAAUACAUUUUUUAAAAAAAGAAGCAAUUUUAUACCUUUUCAUGGGCCAAGCAUGACCUGCUUAUAAUAAUCUUUUCACUUUCACUGAAACCAUUAAAAUGAUGUCUAUAUUUCAGGCAGAGGUGAUGGUUAAGUUGGUUGUGCUUUCUUACCAUUUUUACAUCUAUUAACAGCAAAACAUCUCAAAGUGAAAUGUUCCUCUGCAGAGGAUUUGUAUAAUCUGGCUCAGAUGAGGGAGGGGAGAAUGUGUGACUGACAUUGCAAGGGCUAACAUUUCAGUAUAGUUCUUUUGCUAAUCUUUGUUUGCUUUUGCAAAUGUCAGCGAAUUUUGUUUUGUUUUUUCCACUUGCCACGAAGGCAGAAAAA